UGGGAUUCCAUACAUCUGCAUCAGGUGACGCGCAAUCGAAGUUCCAGCCUGGGAAGCCAUCAGCGAAUGUGUGUCCAUUGAAGUUCGUGGUGCAAUUUUCACUCUUGUGCCAGGUUCCCACUGGCGAGUGCGCCUAGGUGACGACCUGGGGAGCCUAGAGUGUUAAACGUUGCCAGUGGAAUUGUAGGAGAGACUUUCCUGGGGGGAUUUUCCGUGUGCGAGUGUGUUGGACUCUCUGUUUUGGGCCACGAAGUCUCCCAACAUUGACGUCAAAUCCAGUUUGUGUGUGGCUCAAUCUUGUCCAGAGGCAGACACAGAGAGAGAGACGUUUUGUGCCAGAGACACCCUGCAAUUCUAUCAGUGUGUUGGCCAGCAAUUGCUCAAGCCACGACAAAUAUUCCUCAGCAUUUCACCAGUUGAUUUCAAGACUUUUCAACUCUCGUCAAUGAAGAUUUCACGGCUGUGACACACGCCUUCGGCCGGCAGCAGCGGCAUCACACAUCGUUGGGAGUCUCAUUUGAAUUGCUGAGGAGGGAAAUUACCACUGUCCGAAGGGUGCUAAAGCUGUGGGAGUUCUUCAAUCACUUGUCAUUGCUGGACAAUUUCUUCUUUUUGGGAAGAGGAAUAUUUAGUUUUUCGGACUGGACAUCGAUAGGGAAAGUCAAUUUCACCCUUAUUUGCAUGAGAAGGCGUGCGCACUUCUUAUUGUCUACUAAACUAUUUGUCCUUCCCAAAAUUUUGAUACCAAUCAACCGACGUGCGGGGAAAGGAGGCGGCGGCGUCCACAAACGGCGGACACGCAAACGGUGGGACCACAAAUUCAACAAAUAGCGCCAACGGUGGCACAAUGGUGAAGACGUUCCAAGCAUAUCUACCACCGACAAACAGAACUUACUCCUGCGUCCACUGCCGGGCCCAUUUAGCUAGUCACGAUGAGCUGAUAUCGAAGUCGUUCCAAGGGAGUCAAGGACGAGCCUAUUUAUUCAAUUCCGUAGUUAAUGUCGCCUGUGGCCAGGCAGAGGAGAGAGUAUUACUGACGGGACUCCAUGCAGUGGCUGACAUCUACUGUGAGUGCUGCAAAACGCCCCUCGGAUGGAAAUACGAGCAUGCAUUCGAGUCGAGUCAGAAGUACAAGGAGGGCAAGUAUAUAAUCGAAUUGGCACACAUGAUUAAGGAGAAUGGCUGGGAUUGAUCGACGAGUGGCCGCUUCGUGGCUGAAUCCAAUCAACCCACGCAAAUUUAUCCGAUGCAGUGAGAGUGAGUGCGUGUGAUUUGCAGAAGAAGCGCCCUCUUUUCGCGGCGGCAGGGGGAGAAGGACGCAGUCUUUGGAGAUGGGGAUUGUUGCUUCAGACACAUACACACACACACACACACUUUGACGUCCUGAUGAACUGUCUGCGAGACAGCCUCUUUUCCCAUUUGGAACAGCACACACACAUCAUUGCUCUUCUGUGUUCAAAAUGGAUAUUGAUGGAAAUGUUCAUUACAUUUGGCAUGCCAUAGAAUCUCUCCACGGACUGUGUGAUGUGCAAACGAUGCUGGAAGACUUUGGAGGGCAGAUUCUCUGGCAUUCCGCGCGAUGGUGGUUAUUCUAUUUAAGAAAAGGAUAAAGAGAGAUUGUGGAAGAAGGGGACCUUGUAAGCAAGAGAGAUGUUUAUGAUGUUUUUUUUUUUUAAAGAAAUCUGACAAGCGCGACUUUUCAGUUGACUUCUCUGGUAUUGACAAUAUUAUAAUUGAUGAGAUGAUGGAAAAAAGGGAGGAGAUAAAAUGUAUCCGUAAUAAGUUUGACUCUGUUCUUCAAAAUUCCAUUCAAUUUUCAACUCUCUGUGGAAACAAUCCAGGAAAAUUGCGAAUGGCAAGAACGCCGAAUGGUGAGAUGAUGAAAUUAUUCAUUAUAUAAACUUCAAACACUUUGUAUAGACUGAUAAAUAAAUGAAAUUUCUGGAAAUGGCGAAAUUUUUUCCGGAAAUUGCAUCGUUUUAGUUUAAAUUUUUGCUCUAUCUUUUACAUCAAGCGUUUCAAAAGUAUAAUGUAAAUGUAAAAAGGUAAAAAAAAUUGGAUAAAUGAAACACUAUAAUAUUAGGUGGCAAAAUAGACGGAAAAGUGUUGCGAAUUAUUAGUAAGAGAAUGAAGAAUGUGAAUUUAGACACGAUUUGCAAUUCUCUUCUAUAUUGAGUUUAAAGUUCUGUUUUUCCUCAGUAAAAAGUGCUCAAAGAAAUCUAUCAGCUUUAAGUUGUGAAAAAUGUUCAUGAAUAAGGAAUGACACAGGAUUGGAAUUCAGGAGGAAUAAAAUCACUGGCAGUAAGAAUUCUUGUUCCGCCGUUUCGCUGUCAUUUCCCCGUUUUUUUGGUCAACUUUUGCAAAUGUCUUUUCUGCGCUUAUUUUUCUACCAUAAUAACCUCAAUGUUAAAUUUUAUUCUUCAAACUUGUGUCGAGAGAAUGAAAUUUAAUGAAGAAAAAAAAAUCAUGAACUAAUGUAUAAAAAAUAUUACAUACAAAAUUUGAAGAAAUAAAAGCUUUUUCAAGAGUAAGAACAAAUGAGAAUAAUGCAUUAAAGAAAACAAGAUUCAACAACGACUUUUGUUGUCAUGAAUAUUUAUGACUUUUUUCUUUAUCAUGUCAAAAUAUCAAUAAAUUCUUGGAAAGAGAAAGAUGGAAGGACAACAACAACAGAUACAAAUAUUUUUAGAUGAAGAAAAGAAGAUUAAAUAUAUUAUAUACAUUAAUCUAUGAAAACUGCCAAAUAAAGUCGCUCUUAAUAAAUGGAUAAAUAAACAACAAGAAGAAAAAUAUGCAAAUAAACAGCAAAAACCACUACCAACACUCUUAAGAUGGGAAGAGAAUUAUAUUAAGCAUGGAAAUAGAAUAGUGAAUAUUAUCUCGUUAUGCAGAUAAAACAGCAAACCUUAAAGGACACAAGAGCAAAUUUUAAAUGUUAGCAAAACAUCAGAAAAUUCCCUUUGCGAAGAAUAUAUAUAUCACUUUUCUUAAAUUAAAAAUGAGAAGGAAAAUAGAGGAAAUUGCUGAAUAUUGUAGUGUUAUCUCGACAGGCUAUGCGUAUUAACUUUAAGAAAGUGCGAAAGAGAGACUUUGCACCCUAUUUCUUAUUCAGCCUAUAUAGUUGUAUUCUUGAGAGUAAAGCAGAAAAGCUAUUUUAUAUUUCUUAUUGUGAAUAACUUGAAUUUCUCUGUGGGAUGAUAAAGAAGUUAGAAUUUAUGUGAUAAUGAAUGUUAGGACGCAAGAAAGAGGAAAGAUUAUUAAGAAUUGAUGCUGGGAAAGUAACUGACAAUGGUGGAAUUAUUACGUGAAUUUCAAUGAACAAGAAAUCAAUGCAAUUUUUAAGUUUUUUUUUUUAAACUUGUGUUUAUUUUAUAACGCAAAUUUUUCUUGAAGAUAUGAAAAUUGAAAAAUUUUUGGUAAAAGAUUUUUUUUUUUUUUGUAUUCUGACUUUACCCUUAAUUGGAGUCCUUUUUUCACCACCCGAAAAAAAGUUUCAAAAGAACAUUAAAUAUUAGAAAAAAAACUUAUUAACAAUAUAAUCACUAUGAUUAACGAUAUAAUGAAAAUAUAAUGAGAAAUACAUUUUAUGAACACUGAAUGUAUAACUGUGCAAUUGUGAUAUGAGAAACUUCUUUCAAAACGUGAAAAAAAUAAACAUUUUAGUGGAGAAAGAGUGUGAAAAAGGGAUGAAUCUAUAAAUGGUAGUACAGAAAAAGAGAGAGAUUAUAUGAAGAAAAAGAAACGGAUAAAGAAAUACUAUGGAAAAUUUGAAAAUUUCUUUUUGAAUGGUGAGACCAAACCUAUUGAGGAAACGUGUGAUAUACAUAAAAUUAAACUCGUGAAAAAAAAGAGGUGAAGAGUUAUGAGAAAAUCUGAGAAUAAAUGUGGAACUUUUUAUGAUUAAAAUAACAUUUUAUAGUGCAUAAUUGAUGUUUGUUUUCAUGUUUUAUUGAAACACACAAACUAUUUUUACGAUUUAAUUAGAAUUAUAAUGAAUAUAUUUUUUUUUUCUAUUAAAUUACUUACUGAGCUGAAAAUUAUCUUUUCCUUUUAUUUUUUUCUGGUUUUAUUCUUGCUAAAAUGGUUUUAUAAGUGAAUUUUUCUCUCUUUAUUGCCUUUUUUUUAUCGGAACCCAUUGGAAAUUAUAUAUCGUCGUUUUUUACUUGUGAGUACUUAAACAUAUUUUAUCAUAUUUACAGUGUAAUAUUGCAUUAUGGGUAAAAAGUGGUAUGAAAAAUUGAUGUUGACUCAAACACCAACUUUCUGACCAAAUGUUCAGACAUCGAAAUUGGUCCACAUGAAUUUUUGCAGUCAUGCUUGUAAAUUAUUAUGAUAAAGAGUUUGAAUUUUGAGGCCUUUUUGACAUUUUAGCCAAGAAAAUUGUGCAGGUAAAUCAUAAAUUUACUGCGCGUUUGUCUGAUUUACAGCAUUUUUUCCCUUCAUUUUGCCCAAGCGGGGAAAAAAAUCGUCAACAUCAAUUUGUGCAAAAUAGCUAUGGAAAAUAAUUACCACACGAAGAGCGAAAUGCUACUGUAAAAGAAAGAAAGAAAUAGUCAUAUAAAAAAAAUUUUUUGAUGAAAAAUGUCUUUGAUGAUAUAAAUAUGCAGCUAAAAUAUAUUUGUGCAUUUUGCCAUUUGAAGAAAUACAUAUAAACAUGGUGUAAUGAUUAAGAGUAUUCCUAAAUGGUAACAGAGUAAUCUCAAAUUGUAGGAUCGACACGAUUUUAGAAACUAAAUGGAUAAACAUGUCAUAGAAACUCUGUGGUUCGGAUUGCAUUGUAACAUUAGCCUAAGACCGUCUCGCAAGUAAAUGGUGGCUUUUAUCAUAUGUGGUUCACGUUUUGAAGAUGAUUUUUGAUUUGCAUUUUUGACCAUUUUUUACAUUCUAUGCAUUUACGAUAAUUUUAGCCUGUGGUUAAAUUAACAAUUUAAGCUUUCACAUCAUAUAUAAUAAAAAACAAUUUCGAUUCUCAUUGUAAAAGUCACAUUGUGACAGAGAGAAAUUUUGCUGACAUCAUUUUUCAGUGGUUUGAAGGUAAAGGUGAGAAUUAGAAUUGAAAACAAUACAAGAAAUAUGCAACAAAACAGAUAAAAAAAAUAAUUUUAAAAAAUAUAUAAGCUCUAGAAAGAAAAAAAUAUGCUGAUAAUAUAUUUUGGAUAACGGAAUGAAAAAAAAAUUAUCAUAUUAAAAAAGAAUGGAGAGAAGAAAAUACAGAAAACAUAUUUUUUCACAAAAGGAUUUUUUCCAAAUACACAAGGUGUGUAAACGUUUAAAGAAGUGGAAAAAAAGAAACACUGGAACAGAAAUCGUGACGGAAUUUUGCCUCUAAAUAGAAAACACAGAAUACAGAAGAAGAAGAAAAAAUGUAUAUUUUGAUAUAAACAAUACACCAAAAAAAGCAACGGACAAAGCAAAUAGCAACAAAAGGAAAAAAAUUAAAUGAUGUCAGUUUCUCUGAUCUUUAAGAAGAAAGAAAAUUAUUUGUAGUGUUAAAUAAAGAGAGUCACCCGAAACCAAUUUGCAAAGUAUAAAA